AUGGGUGGAAUUGAUGUUUCCUCCGUGGUGAGCUCCAUCAUCUCGGCUUUCGGCAGUGGAAUGGAUAUUUUCCAUCGUCUGGGAGGAAAGAAAAGGAAAACCAGUGCGAGACUCCCUCGACCAUCUGAGGAGGAACAAUGGCUACAGCACUCACUAAAGAAUCGGCCUGUGGAGAUCAAACAUGAAUACGAUCACCAAGUGGCAAAAUUCGGCCGCCAAUUUGAAGUUGGUGACACUGCUGCUCAGUCAAGUCUGGCACAUACCCUUCUUGUCCUCAACACGGGACUGAUCAACUUGAUCAAUCAUGCCCUUUCCGGAGACCCUAGGACCAUAUCUUCCUCUCAAAGGACCUUGCUUAAUCUUUCUGAAACCGCCGCUGUUGACACAAUGAGCGCUAUCGGACAGCUUAGUUCCCGCCUCAGCCUAGUUUCAUCAUCUAGGCUAGCUCUUGAGUCCAAGGAGAGCCGAAGAUCUGUCGAAAAGCAUACUCACAAGGAACGCAAGUCUAAUUCAACGGCAUCAACCAAAAAGACCAAACGGCCACCUCCGACGCCAUUACUGGUCCGCGGUGGCUGGGUGAGGUCCAGAAGCGGUUCUUCGGUUGUCUCUGGGGCAGCCGCAAAGAAGGCAAGGGGACAGCAGUCACAGAAGCAUCAGCGUUCCAAUUCCGAUUCCACAGUGUCGAAGUCGUCGGCAUCCCGGUCCUUCGACACCAAGCCAAAGCGGGAAGAAUCGGCCAGCGAGGUUUCCGGCUGUACCUGUAAAACUGCCCCAGGCCGACUCGAAGAAUCAAAGACACUUAACGGAUGCAAGUCAAGCGAGCAGCCCAGACCACAGAGUCAACAGAGCAUGCUUAUUGUGCCUGCGGACUUCUUCGAAAAUGCACAGAACCAUCCCGAGCCAGCUGUAUUCCAGCAACCUCCACCUCGACCGCCAAAAAUCCCGCUUCAUAGCCGCCCCAACCCAGCACAGACCCGGGCGCGCCCGACGUCAACCAUGACAUUCAUGACUGCCAGCACUAAAAUAGGGGAAAUACCAGAAUCCAAGUGGCCGGACAGGUCAUUGUCAGCCGAAGAGGAAGGCUCGCGGAAAGUGCCGUACGUUAUCCCACCUCCGCUGGAGCCGAGCGAACAGAAGAAAAAGAAAGGUCUCAAGUUCUGGCGGCGAGAAGACAAGCGGCGUGAGCCCCUAGGACGCAUCAAGAUGCACCUCUUCUCCAACACGGUGCCCAAGACGGCAGAGAAUUUCCGCCAGUUCUGCACAGGAGAGCAUAAAGGACCGGGCGCCCAGCCGAUGGGGUAUAAAGGCAGCAAGUUUCACCGCGUGAUCAAGAACUUCAUGAUCCAAGGCGGCGACUUCCUUCACUCAGACGGCACGGGCAGCACGAGCAUCUACAACAAUACGGCCUUCGCGGACGAAUCCUUCGCCAUCAAGCACACGCGGCCCGGGUUGUUGUCGAUGGCCAACUCGGGCCCAAACACCAACGGAUGCCAGUUCUUCAUCACCUGCGCCGCCACGCCCUGGCUCGACAACAAGCACGUCGUCUUCGGCCAGGUCGCAGACGAAGAUUCCCUAAAGGUCGUCCGCAUGAUUGAGAACACAAGGACUGCCGGGCCAGGCGGGCGGGGGCAGGGCGAGAGGCCCGUGUUAGAUGUCAGGAUCGUGCAGUGUGGCGAGAUGUAG